AUGCCAGGGCAAAGCAACGUGCUGAUGAGCUAUGUGGGAAGCACACGCAACACAAUCGAGCUCAAAAUAUACAAUGAAGCACACACGCUUGGAAGCAUGCUGUCUGAGAUGCUCCUUGAGGACAAAAGAUGCCUGUUUAGCGCAUACAGAAUAGAUCAUCCCACAGAUAACCACUUGCUUCUGAGAAUCACGGCAGAACGAGAAUGCCCCGUGAAGAAUCUACUGUUGGACACACUUAGGAAAAUAGAAGAAGACACUACUUCACUGAUCUGCCAAUUCAAGGAUUUGCAGUGA